AUGGCAAUUGUUUGUAAAGAAUGUGACCUGAUAGGGGAUAUAUCAAUAGGUAGCAGAACAAUUAUCCAUCCACGAGCCAAAAUUAUAGCAGAAGCAGGUCCUAUUAUUAUUGGUGAGAAUAACUUGAUUGAAGAAGGAGUUCAGAUCAUCAACAGAUUUCCAGAAGGUUCUCCAACAGACAACCAGAUUCCAGUGAUGAUUAUUGGCAACAAUAAUGUCUUUGAAGUUGGUUCCUAUGUUGAAUCUUUAAAGAUUGGGGAUUUCAAUGUUGUGGAAGUGAAAGCAAGUGUGGGUCGGCAAACAGAGUUGUCGUCUGGUUGUAUUGUUGGAGCAAAAUGUCACCUAAGCACCAAUGAAUGCCUUGAAGAGAAUACUGUGAUUUAUGGGGAGGAGUGUCGACGACGUGUACAGCAGGAACAUCCCUUCCCACAGACAUUACAACUGGACUUCCUUUCCAAGCUGCUGCCGAGCUUCCAUCAUAUUCGGAAACCAACGAAAGGAGUGAUGACUGCAUUAAAAACUGUGCUGCUGCUACUGCUGUUAUCCAAAAUGCUGGGAUUGUGUCAUCUGUGUUGA